AUGUCCAGAUGUUAUGAGCAUCAGAUCGGACCCUCCUAUGUCCACGCUUUCCCACUCUCUGCCCCAAUUUCCCGGACUCUCUGCCCCUCCUUCCCUCUCGCUACCCCUCCUUCCCUCUCUCUGCCCCCCCGUCCCUCUCGCUACCCCUCUUUCUCUGUCUAUGCCCCGAAUUCCCUCUCUCUGCCCCACUCUCCCUCUUUCUAUGCCACACUUUCCCCCUCUAUUCCCCUCCUUCCCUCUCUCUGCACCGCGUUCACCAAGCUCUGCCCCUCAUUCCCUCUCAAUGCCACGCAUUCUCUCUCUUUGCCCCGCAUUCACUUCUCUCUGCCCCUCCUUCCAUCUCUCUGCCCCUCCUUCCCUCUCUCUUCCCCUCCUUCCCUCUCUCUGCCCCUCCUUCCUUCUCACUACCCCUCCUCCCCUCUCUUUGCCCCGAAUUCCCUCUCUCUGCCCCUCGUUCCCUGUCCCGCAGCUGGCCCUCCUUCCCUCUCUCUGCCCCGCAUUCCCUUCUCGCCACUGGCCCUCCUUCCAACUCUCUGCCCCUCCUUCCCUCUCUCUGCCCCUCCUUCCCUCUCUCUGCCCCUCCUUCCUUCUCACUACCCCUCCUCCCCUCUCUUUGUCCCGAAUUCCCUCUCUCUGCCCCUCGUUCAGUGCUGUCCCGCCACUGGCCUUCCUUCCCUCUCUCUGCCCCGCAUUCACUUCUCGCCACUGGCCCUCCUUCCAUCUCUCUGCCCCUCCUUCCCUCUCUCUGCCCCUCCUUCCAUCUCUCUGCCCCUCCUUCCCUCUCUCUGCCCCUCCUUCCCUCUCUCUGCCCCUCCUUCCCUCUCUCUGCCCCUCCUUCCUUCUCACUACCCCUCCUCCCCUCUCUUUGUCCCGAAUUCCCUCUCUCUGCCCCUCGUUCAGUGCUGUCCCGCCACUGGCCCUCCUUCCCUCUCUCUGCCCCGCAUUCACUUCUCGCCACUGGCCCUCCUUCCAUCUCUCUGCCCCUCCUUCCCUCUCUCUGCCCCUCCUUCCCUCUCUCUGCCCCUCCUUCCCUCUCUCUGCCCCUCCUUCCCUCUCUCUGCCCCUCCUUCCCUCUCUCUGCCCCUCUCUCUUACACUGAGCCCCUCGCCCCACUAUGGUGUAAAGGAAACUCACUCGAGAAGUAUCUUUCCAAGGGGAGGCACACCGCACGAACAAAAGGGGCGGGAGGGCGUUGGAAGGAAAAGGGGGACAGGAAUGACGAAGGUGUACUUCUGA